AUGGAUGCUAAUUAUCUAGAACUCUUGCAACCAAUCAUCAUGGAUGAGGAAAAUAGAGCAUUGUGUAAACCACCUAUUUUGGAGGAGGUUAAAGCUGCCCUAUGGUCUAUCCCCAAAGAUAGCAGCCCAGGACAUGAUGGUUUUAGUGCUAGUUUCUUUAUUACGGCUUGGGAGUUUGUCCAGUUUCAUCUCUUAGCCGUGGCCAAAGAAUAUUUUGGAGGCUAUCCCCUAACUUGUGGGCUGGGGACAACUAACAUUGUUCUGAUUCCUAAGGUGGAAUCCCCUAAUAGUUUUGCGAAGUUUAGACCCAUUAGUCUAUGUUCGGUGGUGUACAAGAUCCUGUCCAAAAUGAUGGUUGCUAGACUAUCUCCUCUACUUGACAAGUUAAUCUCUCGAGAGCAGUCAGCCUUCAUUCAGGGUAGGAGCAUCUUCGAUAACAUAUCUGUUGCUCAGGAAAUGGUGUAG